UCAAGCCCUCCUUAUCCUCAUUCAACACAAUCUCAUCCUUCACUUUCUUCUUCAUUCUCUCUUUUCUCACCUUCUAUUUCAAUCUUAACGCUAAAACCCAUUUUCGUUCUCAUUGUCAGAUGUUUGUUUGAAUUCAAAUUUCAUGUAUAUGAGGAUCAUUACAUGUAUGCAUCUAUAGCAGAAAAUAUGUCCUGUUUGCUGCCCCAAUUCAAGUGCUUGCCGGAUUCCUUCUCCAUCCAAUUCAAAACCCUCAAUCAUCAUUCUCCGCAGCUACCAAAAUGUAGAGAGCCUACUUUUUUCCCGACUCGCUGUAUUUUAUCAACCACAGCGCCACCGCCAUCAACAGACUCUACAGUGCUUAACUUAGAAAAACUACAGUUAUCAUCUUUAGAGGUUCAUUCAAAUUCAGGAGGUGCUGAAAGACAAUGGUCUUCCUCAGCAUCAUCAACAACAGCUGGAGUGCUUGAUAUUGAAAAUUUCCAGCUACCAUCUAUAGAAUCUCAUACAAGCUCUGUUGUUGGGAGUAGACCAUGGGUCUAUCCUGGUUCAGUAGGUCGAUCUAUAGAGGGAGAUAUUGGAGCAACUUCGCCUUCCGAGUUUGCUACAAGUGAAUACGCUGCUGCAGCUGCUGAAGCAAUUGCUUUAGCAAAGGCUGCAGUAAAGGUUGCUAAGAGUGCAGCAGCCAUGAUGUUGAACCAUCACAACACCAAAGCGUUAGAUAUCAAAUCUACACCUAACAUUUCUGAGUCUGAUAAUUCCGUAAAUGUGACUGGAUCACAAACCUCAGAAGAAACUGAACCCACAAGUGAAGAACUUGAAAUUCUUGAAGCCCAGCUCUCAUCUAUUAUAACUGUGAGAUCAAAGCGUCAAGUGGAACGGAAAGCAAGGAGAAUGAGAGCAGCAGAAAAGGCUGAAGCCGGUAUUGUGUCAGUGAACUCUGCUGCUAUGAGCAGAGUGCGGGCUGGAGCCAGUGCUGCAUCAGCAAGACCUAGUGCGGGCAGAAGGCGUAGUGGAAAAGACGUUUUGGCUUUUUUGGGAGGAAUGACUAGCGCCAAGCUUCUCACUGCUGCAGAGGAAGUAGAACUGUCCAAAGGGAUACAGGACCUAAUGAAAUUGCAAGAAAUCCAUAAAGAUCUUGAAAAACGCUUUGGAGUGCCACCCACUUUUGCUGAAUGGGCUGCUGCAGCGGGCACUGAUCAGAUAUCAUUAGGGAGACGUGUGCACCAUGGUGAAGAAUGCAGGGACAAAAUGAUUAGGAGCAAUAUACGGCUUGUUAUUUCGGUUGCAAGAAGUUUUUAUGGAACAAAAGUGCAUCUUCAAGAUAUUAUUCAAGAAGGAAUUCAAGGCCUUGUGAAAAGCGCAGAGAAAUUUGACGCUUCAAAGGGAUUCAAGUUUUCAACAUAUGCUCACUGGUGGAUAAGGCAAGCUGUCCAAAGGUCUCGUGCUGAACAAUGCAGGAUAAUUCAUGUUCCGUAUUAUAUGGUGGAAGUGCAAUCUAAGGUGAAUGAGGCCAAGCAUCGAUUGGAUAGGGAACUUGGAAGGAAACCUACUCGCGAAGAAAUUGCAAUAGAAACAGGCAUCUCCAUUAAGAGGAUUCAAGCUGCAGAACUUGCCCCUAAGCCAGCUCAAUCUCUUGAUAUUAAUGUUGGGCUCGAUGGGAGUCUCAAACUUACGGACCUUAUUCAUGAUCCCGACCAAGAGACUCCUGAGGAGAUAUUAUUCAAGCAACACAUGUCCGACGACUUACAGAAGGUGUUGAACACGUUAAGCGAGAAAGAGCAGUUAGUCAUUAGAUGGCGGUUCGGGCUUGAAGAUGGUAAAACAAGAACAUUGCAAGAGAUUGGAGACGUAAUGGGUGUGAGUCGUGAGAGGGUCCGACAGAUCGAACUUUGCGGUUUUCGCAAGCUACGAAACACAAAGAGAACCGAGGCUCUGCGGCAAUACUUGCCUGAAUAAACCACAUGGUAUGAAAGAUAGAAUAUAUGCAAAUGUCUCUCCUUGUACAGGGCAAUCUUCUGCACUAAAAGGUCUUCGACUCGGCUCGAAUCAUGACUCUAACCAUGGCUCGACUCAUGACGUUGUUGCAAGAUGAGUUACUUGACCGGUCGAAUCUUAUGCAAGACUCGUCAACCUUGUGUUUCUUUCUUCUUGAUUUUGCUUAUUCUUCCAUUUUUCUGGCCAUGGCACAUGUAUUAUAUUCUUGUUAUCUUUGGUUAUUCAUUAAUGAAUACAAGCAAAAUGUUUUAAUUUUAGUUCUCAUUUUACACCUAACAGAUCUGUAUCUGCAUAACCGAAAAUAACCACAUUUUUCAAUGUGUUUGUU